AAAAAUAGGAAGAAGAUAAAAUUGGCGAAAUAGUAUACAGAUUACAAGAAAUGAAAUCAACGUUUCGAAACGCCUACUCCACUGUCUAUUCCCUGUCCCGCUCCUCCUUAAACCCUAACUACAACCUCUCUUUCAUUUCCCUCAUUACUCUCCCUUCCUCUCUCUCUCGUCCUCUAAACGCACCGUUUCGGUCAUUCUGCUCAACUCCCUCCCACUCCUCCUCUUCAUCAAUGGCUGCCACCACCGGCGACGACAACUCCUCGUCGUUUUCUUUAGAAAACCAAUUCAAGGACUUCCGUGCACAUCUAGAAGAAUCUGGAAGCUUACGCGAGAAGAUUCGUGCUGUAGUUACUCAAAUUGAGUCCGCCAAUAGAUGCAUCCACGUCACUCUCCUUCUCGUUCAUCAGUCCCGCCCUGUUUCAGAGGUUUUAGAAGAGGCCAAAUUGCAAGUUGAAAUCUUAAAGAAACUGUAUAGCCAACUUGCAGAUAUUAUUAAAGAUUUCCCUGGUCAAUUUUACAGGUAUCAUGGUGAUUGGAAAAGUGAAACGCAGACAGUAGUGUCUCUACUUGGUUUUAUGCAUUGGUUAGAGACUGGAAAUUUGCUUUUGCAUAAUGAAGCUGAGGAAAAACUUGGAUUGAAUAGUUCAGAGUUUGGUUUGGACGUUGAGGACUAUCUUAUUGGUAUUUGCUUCAUGUCAAAUGAAAUGCCUAGAUAUGUGGUGAAUCGUGUAACUGCAGGGGACUAUGAUUGCCCAAGAAAGGUGUUGAAAUUCUUAACAGAUCUCCAUGCUGCUUUUCGCAUGCUUAAUCUCCGAAAUGAUUUUCUGCGGAAGAAAUUUGAUGGUAUGAAGUAUGAUCUAAGAAGAGUUGAAGAAGUAUACUAUGACGUUAAAAUUCGAGGUUUGGCUGCCAAUGGGGAUUCAGCUGCAUAUGAAAAAGUCGACGGUCAGUCCUAGGUUCUUUAAGUCACUUAUACCGCCUGUUAUGUUUCAUCUUAGAGUAAUCCUGUGUAUUCGAUCCUUAAGAAAGAUAGUGUUAACAAGCAUCAAUUAUGGAUGAUAAUCCAAAAUUUUGAUUUUCUGAAAAAAUGUCUUUCAGUUUGCCUAUGCUAUGUAUAUGGUAAAAGAACAUGUGGAAAGUUUGUUUGUUUUUAUAAUUAUUAUUAAGUUUUGUCUC